AAUCUCGUCGCUGCCAACUACACUCAACACUCAAUUGACUGAAAUUGCCCGGCCCUUCAACUUCAAAAUAUCUUACAGAGCUCGGCGAGCAUUAUAGACUUGCGCUUGGCGGGUUUGUUUUUUUGUGCCUCGCACAUUUCCGAAUUAGCGCAUUUUUCGAUCCAGAAUUACCAAUUCGCUUCUUUUGCACCCCCGUCCCAUCUUCAAUGCUUCAUCUGCUUCAUGGCCUAUCUUUCUAUUUUAUUUUAAUCAUCCAUUCAAGGGGGACUAGAGGCCUGUCAGGUCUGGGUCUCAAGAGGUAGGCAGAAUGCUACCUCCUAUGGACGGAUUGGCCGACGACUCGGAAGCUCAAUGGUCUGGAGACGGCAAAAUUGAGUACGUCGAGAGCGAUAUUCAUGAUCCCGAAUGGUUAGCUCCGUCCGAGCGGAGAAAAUCCACGAGCCGCAGCACUGGCACCAGUCGUCGCAACGCCGGUUCGAUCGUUCCGCCCACUCCUUCGGAAGAAUCCGUGUUAGACGACACUGGCAAAGUCGUUGGGUCUCUCUUGCCCUCCUCUUCCGAGUCAGCACCCCUAUCCACCUCCAUAGCGGUCGAGAUCCCCGUCAGCACCCUCAUCGUACCCCGCUCUCGACAUGAGGGCUUCGAGCCGCCAGCUCCCGAACUGUCCGAAGGGAAGGCCGUGGAAGCAUUGCUCCAGUCCUGCGCGCCAAAUGACGACGACGAUAGCUUCGAGUUUGAGCUCGACAUGUUCUCCAUCUUCAUCAACACGGACAAGUACUCAUACGAGAUGCGGCCUUUGCAACAUCUCUCCACCAAGGACGUCCACAAUGUCAUGUACGCUGAUGGCGUGUUGUCCCACAAGGAUACCAAGUUUUACGUCCGCGGCAUAGCUUUUGACGAGCUUCCCAUUGGUAACUACGGCAUGGACCACCACACCCUAGGCGACCAGAUUUGGAUUCGUUCCCGGGUGUGUACCGCUGAGGCCCGUGGUCGCGGUCCCGACAUCUACUAUAAGCUGAAAUCCCCGACAACCGAAUAUCUCCGCUAUCACUCGCCCUUCCUCUGGAUCGCCGAUCUUGCCAAGCAUGUCGUGGACUUCCUAGAAGAUUCGAGCAACAAGAACCGUCGCGUGGAGUUUCGAGAUUUCAAGUCGGCUUUUCACAAGUGGCUCCUUCGCCACCACAAAGGACGUGCUGCCUUCCGUCGAUGGUUUGGUCAGUAUGGCCGGACUGAUUUUCGAGUUGCCGUUCAUGCUUAUAACAACUUCAUCUACAAGGAGGCGUUCGGUGUUUUGGGACACAAAAGAACCCAUUUCCAUACCCUGUGGAGGGAGAUCAAAGAUUACACUGCUUACACCCCGGCUCCCUCCACGGCAGCUCCCAUGACGGUAGACAACAAAGACGACACAAAGGGCAUCCCUCGCACAGUCGUCACUCCUUACGUUUAUGACUCCUUCAGCCAUUUACCCUGCGGCGUCAUGAUGGAAUCUGUCACCCCAAGCGCUUCCACGGAACGUCUCCGCACGAACCUGAUCCAGAAGCAACAUCUCGAGCUGCCGUCGCAUAUCCACAACGAAGCCAAGCAUAUCAAAAGCGUGUCGGAUGCUCGUGCCGAAGGUCUGAAGAGGGAAGUGCGUGUAGGAGACGUGGUCUCCUGCCCGCGAGACGCCGAAGACACGAAUUGGCGAAGGCACACCGCCGUGGGCUUUGACGACGUUGAUCGGUGGUUCGGCUUGGUCCAGAAGGUUCAUGUCAGCAAGUCGGGCGCCCGCUCGCUCGACGUGAUCUGGAUGUAUCGACCGGUUGAUACCCUCUGCGGCCAGAUGAGGUAUCCGUGGAACAACGAGCUGUUCCUCUCCGACCAUUGCUCUUGUGAUGAUGGCCACGACUAUCAGAAGCUCGGCGAGAGUGAAGUCCUCGCUAUCCACCGUAUCGAUUGGGGCGGCUCCUCUGCCACAAACGCCGAGUUUUUCUGCAGACAGACUUACAUCUCUUCGGACCGCCGCUGGAUCACUUUCAGGCAGGACCAUCUUGUCUGUUCACACCGCAAGGAGCCUACCCCUAACCCCGACCACUACCGUGCAGGGGAUACCGUGCUAGUACAGCUCACGGCAGGCGGCAAUAGGCUGGAACCCUGUGAGCUACUCGAACCCCCGCGAGAUUCUGCCUGCCUCGUUCGUGUCCGUCUACUCCUGCGAAGGAAUGAAGUUGAUCCAAAGGCAACCGCCUGUCGGCCCAACGAACUCGUCUACUCGGAGCGAAUUCUUGAAGUACGACCUGACAGAAUCCACGGACGAUGUAUCGUGCGGUACUUUCCCUCCGCCGACAUGAUCAAGACGCCUUAUGAUCGCGACGGCGUGGGUAACGCAUUCUACAUCCUCACUCGCUUAGUCGAGGAAGCGGACGGCGACGACUCCAUGUCAACGUCUUGUGUUCCUUUCGACGACGCCUUUCCCUUUCCCCCGACUUUCCGACAGGGGCUGGAUCCCGAUGAGGCCUUCCCGAAACUGAAGGGCUUCGAUUUAUUCUGUGGCGGUGGGAAUUUCGGACGAGGCCUGGAAGAAUCCGGUGUCAUUGAGAUGAAAUGGGCAAACGACAUCAGUAUCCGUGCUAUCCACACCUACAUGGCCAACGUCGACGCCCGGAAUCAAGUGCAUCCGUUUGCCGGCUCCAUUGACGACCUGCAAAGACGAGCCUUGCAGGGAAAGUUCUCGGACAAUGUGCCUCCCAUCGGUGAAGUCGGGUUUGUUUCUGGCGGCAGUCCUUGUCCAGGAUUCAGCCGCCUCACGCAUGAUAAAACGACGCCUGAGCAACGGAAAAACCAGUCUCUCGUGGCUUCGUUUGCCUCCUUCAUUGAUAUCUACCGACCAAGAUUUGGCCUCCUCGAGAACGUUGUCGAGAUCAUAGAGAGCGCAAAGGCUAGCCAGCAGGACGUCUUUCUUCAGCUCAUAUGUGCUAUCGUGGGACUGGGCUACCAGACGCAAUUCUUCAUGCUCGACGCGUGGACCUUUGGCUCGUGUCAGAGCCGCAGUCGGGUCUUCUUAGCCUUCGCAGCGCCGGGCCACCGGCUACCCGAGAUGCCCUUGCAAUCUCACCAAUCCGAAAACCCGAAGAACAAAAGCCUGGGCCGACUAUCGAACAACGAGCCCAUGUUCCAGAGGCUUAUCAUGCCGACGGCGUUUGGGCCUGUCAGCGCCGCUCAAGCGUUUGCCGACUUGCCGGACAUCAUGGACGGCAAGCCCGAUGCCUGCAUCAAGUUCCCCGACCAUCGUCAGUCAUACGGUGUAACCACCAAGGUGCGGACCCGGCUCUGCGCCCUACCGACCCGGCCUUGGGGUGUGAACCUACGAAGCGCAUAUAACAGCGGCAGCGUGACCAAAGCAGAAAUGGACCGGUUCCCUUCUAGCAAAACUGUUGGCAUUUCGAAUGCCUACGGGCGCGUGUUUCCCAAUAAGUUGGUAGGGACGGUGACAACAAGGCCGUCGCCGGCCGACCGCUUCACGGGGCGCAUCUUGCAUUGGCACCAGGCCCGGAUCCUUUCUGUCAUGGAGGUCCGGCGUGCCCAGGGCUUUCGCGACCACGAGGUCAUUCUCGGCGAACCCAAAGACCAGUACUACACCGUCGGCAACAGCGUCUCGCGGGAGGUGUCCGUCGCCCUGGGUCUCUCGUUCCGCGAAGCCUGGCUGGGUUCUCUCGUUAAAGGCGACGAGAACACACCGAAGCUGGGCUACGGGGUGCAAUACACCACCACGCAGGCGACGUCCACAAUGCAAACAUCAUCCACCGUGCGGACAUCCGUCAUGCAGUCCUCCGUCAUGCAGGUGUCCACCUCCACCACGAAGGUGGGGGCAGACGACGACGGGGGCGAAGAAGAGCCAGAGCCAGAGCCGGCACCCGAAGACGAACCCCUCCCCUACGACUGGCGUGGCCGCAGGGUCCCUAACGAGGACUAUGUGCCCUCGGACGAAGACACGGAGGACGUCUUGUCCUGCAGCGCCAGCGAUGUACACGACAUGCCGACCCCACAGGACUCGACUUCUACCCCGAGCGUGGCGGAACCCUACGAGACGGCCUUCAGAAUGACGUCCUCGACGGUGAGCUCGAAGAAGAGACAGCUCUCAAGCUCGAUUAUCGUCGAACUUUUUGCUGCCAAACUAUCGAAAUCGGACCGUGAGGCCGCUUCUCGACGACAGAAGCGGAUGAGGUUGGACGGCCAACCUUGACCAGGGGCUUCCCCCCUGCUUUGCCACUAGACCUGCUACAGUAUAUAUCGCCGGUUUCUUUUGUCUUUUUCCCAUCCUGUACAGACCGGGCCCUGCCUACAUACAUUGCUACAUAGAUGACGCCUCCCUCCUCGUCAACGUCUCUGAACCAAGACGCCAUGCGAUGGUGCGCUAGGAGAAGGGACACCAUGAGUGAGGGGGGGGGGGGCCAAGGAUGUUGAGCCAUCCAAGUCCACUGCGCUUGAAUUGCUCAUUUUGGGUAUAGAGCAUCCCUAGGCUGCCAGGCUUCAUAUAGAGAGAGCAUGGGAGAUGAUGCCCUAAUAGCUACCACUCACCCUUACACAUAGAGGACUAUACGGUCUCGUUCCUCCAUUCUAGUCCCUAUUCUAUACGAUAACCCCU